AUGGAUUUUGUUUCUGGUUUACCUAGGACUCAGAGUAAUUGUGAAGCUAUUUGGGUUAUUGUGGACAGGUUGACGAAAUCUGCUCACUUUAUUCCGAUUAGAAUGGAUUAUCCGAUGGAGAGGCUUGCAAAGCUGUAUAUUGAGAAAAUUGUCAGUUUGCAUGGUAUUCCGUCUAGCAUUGUGUCAGAUAGGGAUGUGAGGUUUAAUUCAAGAUUUUGGGAAGCUUUGUAUGGUAUAAGGUGUAUGACGCCUUUGUGUUGGUACGAAUCUGGAGAGAGUGUUGUGGUUGGACCUGAGAUAGUUCAACAGACUACUGAUAAGAUUAAAAUGAUCAGAGAGAAGAUGAAGGUUUCUCAAAGUCGUCAGAAGAGUUACCAUAACAAGAGAAGGAAACCGCUUGAGAGUGAGGUAGAUGAUCAUGUGUUUUUAAGAGUUACUCCGGUAACGGGUGUCGGUAGAGUAUUGAAGUCGCGUAAGUUGACGUCGCGUUUUAUUGGUCCGUAUCAGAUUUUUGAGAAAGUAGGUGAUGUGGCUUAUCGGAUUACGUUGCCGCCGUCACUUGCUAAUCUCCAUUAUGUGUUUCAUGUGUCUCAAUUGAGGAGAUACAUUGUGGAUCCCUCGCAUAUUGUCCAAUUAGAUGAUGUUAAGGUUAGAGAUAAUUUGACCGUGGAGACAUUACCUAUGCGGAUAGAAGAUAGAGAGGUGAAACAAAUUCGUGGUAAAGAGAUCGCUUUGGUGAAAGUCGUUUGGGGAGGACCGGCUGAUGGAAAUGUGACGUGGGAGCUUGAGAGUCAGAUGAGGGAUUCAUAUCCCGAGUUGUUUGUUUGA